CUCUGACGACGGCACUGUUAUGUGUUGGCGUUACCAGGGUCAUGAUCGUUCCAAACAUGACGAUCAACGUCACCGGUUGACGACUCAUACCACCACUUCGACAGACAAAUGUGGUCGGUACACACUACAAGAGGGCAAGCCGGACAAAACAAGAACAUCACGGAUGGAUGAUCAGGUGAAGUGGGCGCCACAAGUUUUGUUUAUUUUCAUUUCUGUCAUCCUGAUUUUUCUCCUGUCAGCAUGUUCAGCGGAGGAAGACGAAGAUCUUCCCAGGGACACUAGAAGUGUCAUUGACAUCGAGUCUAACAAGGAAAUGGCUCGGAUGCUUCUGUAUCUCAAGGACGAAGCCAGGCAGAAGUUUUUCUCAGACUGCAUCAAACAUUUCUGUGAAGACCAUGAGCUGUCAAAACACAACAGCGACAUGUGGAUGUCAGACGCCAUCAAGAGGGCAAAUCAUGACCGCUUCUGGGCAACAUAUCGCUGUACAGUGAAGAAGCAACCUUCGGAUUGCCCAGUUGACGGUGGCUGGACGCAGUGGAGCGAAUGGGACAUCUGCAGUCUGACCUGCGGCCCGGGCCUCCAACACCGCAGGAGGACGUGUUCCAACCCGCUCCCCCAGAACGGCGGCUAUCCGUGUGACGGCCUGGCCAUCGACACACUGCGCUGCGAGGACAGACCGUGUCCAGAAAAGGUCGACGGACAGUGGUCUGAGUGGGGACCGUGGAGCGCCUGUUCCGUGAAGUGCGGGCAGGGCUCUACCGUCCGGCAGCGGAACUGCACCGACCCGGCGCCACAGAACGGCGGCUGGCGGUGCCCGGGCAAGCCCGUAGAGUUCAAACAGUGCACAAGGAACGACGAGUGUUCUUCCGGAAUUUGCGCCGCUGUACUUCUGGAAGGGACUCCAGUAAACGAGGCUCUCCUCCCCACCAUGACGGUGUACAGCAUGAUAGACGGGGAAUCCAACGGUCUGCCUGUGUUCGCCAGCAAACCGAACACCAUCUGUAAAGGCCCAUGCUACCUUUUCUCUGUCUUACAUGGCGACGAGGACAAGGGACUGUGGUGCUUCGGCUUCAAAGUUGGUGAAAUGAAGUGUUUCUUCAUCGGACAGGGGCCAAUUGGACAGCAUCCAGCCAAUAUUACGGUCAUGAACGAAUUUGUAGAGGGAGAUUUUCGCAAGAAUCCGGAUAUGAACGUCAUCUGUAAUGAUGACGCGAAGGAGUGGAUGUAUACAUGGUCGCCCUGGGGCCAGUGUCAGGGAGAGCCUUACUGCAGCAUCGGUACCAGACAGCGUGAGAUGACCUGUCCUAAGGCCGUCGAGGGCUGUCCGCAGGACCAAGCGAAAGGCGACGUAGUGGCGACUGCUGAAGAACUGUGUAGUCUGCCGCCAUGUCAGGUUGAUGGCGGCUGGAGUGGCUGGAGCGAGUGGUCAGUGUCCACGAGUGACUGCGGGGAGGGGAAGCAAGGACGGCUCCGAACGUGUAACCACCCAGCCCCACAGGCUCACGGGAAGGAUUGCCCAGGGCCGCGACUCCUGGUGAGGGCUGUGAACGUGCCGUGUGAAGAGGAAGGUGCCCAUACACGGCACAAAAGAGCGACGAAUGAGGUGCAAGAUCUCAUGGAUAAAGAACAAUAUAUAGAUGAUUAUCAUGACCAGCAAUAUAUGGAUGAAAACAUAGUUCAGGGACAGCAAUCUAUGGCUGAAGGUCACCAAUCUAUGGCUGAAGGUCACCAAUCUAUGGCUAACAAUGAAGUUGAGGGACAGCAAUCUAUGGAUGGGAACUUCGUUCAAGGACAGCAAUCUGUGGCUGACAAUGUAGUUGAGGGACAGCACUCCAUGGAUGAACAAUAUGUUCAUGGACAGCAAUCUAUGGAUGAGCACUAUGUGGAUGGACAGCAAUCUAUGGAUGGGAACUAUGUUCAUGGACAGCAAUCUAUGGAUGGGAACUUUGUUCAUGGACAGCAAUCUAUGGAUGGGAACUAUGUUCAUGGACAGCAAUCUAUGGAUGGGAACUAUGUUCAUGGACAACAAUCUAUGGAUGAGCAGUAUGUUCAUGGACAACAAUCUAUGGAUGAACAAUAUGUUCAUGGACAGCAAUCUAUGGAUGAGCACUAUGCUGAUGGACAGCAAUCUAUGGCGAACAACGUCGUUCAAGGACCAAGUUCUGUGCCUAGAGAUGAAGACUACGUUCACAGUGAGGCAUACGGAGAUUACGACUACCAACACACAUCACACGGAGAUACCGCCGCUCCGGAAGUAGAAGGAAAGGUGAUCGCAGAACUGACCGACAAAGACUCCAAAACCACGUCGGAAGGGAUGUUGGUUUUCCCAAGUUUUCUACAGAUAGCCGGAGAGUACAGUCGGGACUUGGCUUACCUGACAGACUGGGGACAAUGGACGUCUUGCACGCGGAGCUGUGAAAAGGGGAUCAGGAGAAGACAGCGGAACUGUCUCUGGAAAGAGCGGAGGUGCAGAGGAGACAUUCGUGAUGUCCAGCUCUGCAACAUACAGCCAUGUCCAGUUCAUGGUGGCUUUAGUGAUUGGUCCGACUGGACGGAAUGUUCCCUGACAUGUGGGGAGGGCACGACGUCCCGUAACAGGGUGUGUGCCAACCCUGCGCCCCGGCACGGUGGACAGAUGUGCGAAGGUCCGGAUCGGGAGGAGAAGGCGUGCCAGAAGAGCGAGUGCCCCAACAGCGGUGUAGACCACAAGUGGCAGUGGCAGUCGUGGGAGUCAUGGCAACCGUGUGACCGCACCUGCGACAUGGGGUACCGGCAGAGGAAGAGGGGCUGCAUGAACAAACCUGGGGCCACACAGGAGGCCGACGCGAAGCCGAACUGCAUCGGCAGAAGGGUGGAAGUCAUGGAAUGUCAGGUUGCCGAAUGUGCAGAAAACGGUAACUGGGCGGGCUGGUCGUCUUGGUCGGGUUGUACGGCCACGUGCGGGGAGGGAGUGAGGUCCCGGGACCGGACCUGUACCGACCCGGCCCCGUCUGGAGACGGGAAAGAGUGCGAGGGACAGGGGACAGAGGUGGAACACUGCUCAAUACCGCCCUGCAUAGAAACUGACGGGACCACGCGAAUCUUCAGCAAAGAUUCCUACCUGAUGUACCCAGCACCGACUCACCCGGCCCACGUCUGGCGGGCCUUCGUCCGUUUCUUUCCGUACACCGGAGACGGCCUCCUGCUGUGGACCUCGUCAGAAAACGGGCGUGAAGAAGACGAUGUGAUGAUAGAGCUUGGGUUGAAGGAGGGGCUCAUUGUCUUUAAGGUGGUUUUUGGCGAAGACGAAGUGGAAUUACUCGGUGACGAACCAAAGAUUGAUGCUUGGAAUGACGUCGUUGCCACCAUAGCCGGAGAGAGGGCGUCACUGCGAGUAAAUGAUGGAGAGAUUCGAGAAAAAUUGUUCAGUGUUGAACAUCCAGGAGCCAGCUUUGGAGGACAGCUUUUCCUUGGCGGUGCUCUUGCAUACUCGACGGAUUCCUUCUUCAAAACUGGCUUGCAAGGGAAGGUUUGUGACCUGUGGCUGAACUACCAACAGUUCAGCCUGAAGGAGUACGCCUGGAAGGGGGACAGAAUUCCCGUCGAGGGGCACAACUCAGCUGACGAAAAAACAGAUCUAGCCGCUGCUUCGUUGUUGUUUUCCGGUGAGGAGUAUGCAGAGAUUCCAGUCACAACCCCGAAGGCUGCGCAAGGUUCCUUUACCAUCUCCAUGGUUCUGAUGCCAUCGGAGGGGGAAGGCUUGCUGCUUUUCAACAAAGGGACUGAGCGGAGCACCUACAUCAUACUCCUCCUCAGUAAUAACCGUGUCGUGCUGAAGCUGGGCUUAGACGGGGCGGAUGUACAAACUUCUAGUGAAGAACUGAAACUAAAGAGCUGGGUGCAUCUCCAACUGACGAUCACAAAACCAGGGGACGCGGAGAUGAGGAUCAACAGCGGACCGGCAACCCAGUUGUCCUGCGAAGGGAUGCAGUACCAACCGGACCCCUCGCUCAUGAUAGGGGGCGUAACAGAGGCGUUAUGGAAGGAUCUGACCAAGUAUCAGCAUGUUCCAGAGAAGAGGGGGUUCAAGGGUGCUAUUUAUAGCGUUAAGGUCUACGGCCAGGAAUUCAAAAUGGCUGACAUGGCUCUUCAAAAACGAGGGCAGCUGCUUAAUUCGGCCACUACGACGAAAGCAGCCCACUACAAGGAGAUAGUGGCUACUCAGGCCUCGUCGCUCAAGCUACGGUGUGACUACAGCUUAAUUGGAGGGAAAAACCUCUCAAAAGCACAUGUUAUAUGGAUGAAGGAAGACCGACGACAACAUGAGGGCGAAUUCGUCAGUAUAACUAAAGGGGAACCUAACAACAAAUACGUGACCACGCUACACUUGCGGGACCUGCAUUCCAGCAUGACUGGUAGCUACUCCUGCCUGGUGGUACAUGGAGGAAGGGCAGUCGUCACACAUGCAUACGGAAUACUCGUACAGCCACCUCUUCCAACUUCAGAAGGCAAACCGAUUAUGACAGCGGCCGAGGCAGACAAUCUAGCACUGGAAGUUAUACUGCUGGUACUACUGGUGCCCUUUCUUGUUGUCAUCUGUGUCUGCUGUGCUGCUAGGAUCCGCUGCUGCCAAGAGAGGUUUCCAUUCCUUGGAACACUCUAUACCCAAAUGGUCGACAAGGCUGGAAAGAGCAAGAUCGUCAGGAAGGCAGGAGAGGCGGUGCAAAGAGCUGGGCAGAGCAGGGUCGUCAGAACAGCCGGAGAGGCGGUCCAGAGAGCUGGGCAGAGCAAGAUCGUCAAGACAGCGGGGGGAGCGAUGCAGAGCAUCAAGGCAGGCGUGGUAGACAAGGCUGGAGAGGCAAUCAAGAGCAUCAAAUCCAAGGCUGCUACGACGCUGCAGGGAGACUCAGGCUUUGCGCAGCUCCACCACAAGAUAGGCGCAAAGAUACGACCCAAACUGUACCAAAAGGGGACCGAAAGUCGUACUGAUGACGAGGAGAUGAUCAAGGAAUCGCCUGACCACGAGACUGUUGUUUCCCUCAGUCCUGUUGCCCCAGCGAGUAAGACUUCACUUCCCAUGGCCGAGAAAGUAUCGCCAGCUGUAUCUCUGUACAGCAACAUGAACUUGGUGGACAAACGCCGGUCUAGCCUCACAAAGAUUGCCAGCGAGGAUGCAGACGCUUGCGAAUGCUCUCCAACAAGUAAGAGUGUGUUGCCGGAACACGCAAUCUGUACCAUGACAAGCUCGCUGUCUCCGUCGCCCUCCGGCGCAAGGCGACGGCUUUCCAUGGGGGAGGUCCCCAGCACUCCGCCGUCUUCAGACUUUCUGAUCUCUUCACCUAGCACUACACCACUUCAGUCAAAGGUCUCGGCAUCGGUACCCGCGUCGCCAGAACCGUUCUCUAUUUCUACUCCAGAGAGUUCGCCACAAAAGACACCGGGCCCACCCCCUGCUGCAGGCCCACCCCUGCUGCAGGUGGAGGAGGUGGGCCUGCAGCAGGAGGUGGGCCUGCAGCAGGAGGUGGAGGAGGUGGAGUAG